AAAAUACCGGAAGUAACGUUUGUUUAGAAAUGGCGGUCUACGAAGUGUUUUCGCAUCCAGAGUUGCGAAGAUAUCGUACUCAUAUCUGUUCUAAAGCAUCAAUACUGCUAGUGAUAAUACUUUUCCUCACAUUUAUACCUCCGCUAUUUGUUGUAUAUAGAAGUUAUGGGUUUUGGCUAAAGACUGAUACAUACCGGGAAUAUCCUGAGAUUCAUUUCAAGAAUGAGUUACUCAUGGUUGCUGAGUUAGAAGGUGAAAAUAACUACGUAACUUACAGCACAUUCCAGGCAUACAACGUACUACAGCAAGAUCAUGUCAGGAUUCCACUUAUCACAUCUCGAGAAGAAGAUGUGAAUGGAGAUGGUCGUCCCGACACGUUACUGUUCACCAUGGAAGUCCCAUUGGCAGACACAGAAAACAUUAUAGGACUUAGACUCAUUCUUAUCUUUGAUUACAAACUCUUUCAAUUUUCCACAUUGAAUAUGGAAGGAAUGGCGUACAUUAACCAUGACAGCAUGAAGGCUGGUGCUAGAUACGAUGUCGUUGGGGAACUCCGAUUUAACCAGAAAGAACCUCUAGCUCACAGAGGAACUGACUACAGAUUUAAUACAUCGAUUAUUGACAGCACCAGUAUAUAUGCUGAAUCUUAUCACUUUCCUACAAUCUUUAAAAACUACGUGGCUCGUAAUCUCACAACUUACCUCAAUGCUCCAUACACUGUGUGGAGUACAGGACGUGGAGCAGAUCAGCCGUUUGUUCUCUCGGCAACUAUAUCAUACCCCGAGGAACUGUUUAGUUAUAUACCAGGGUUCUGGUACCUUAUCAAAUGGGGCUGGGUACAAUACGUGUCAGUAUUGUUGCUGUUCCUUUUCGUAUUUGACAGAAUAAAGAUCUUUAUAUACCAGAAUCAGCUUGUAGCGACGAUGGUCGACAGACCAUGGAAGGAGGAUAUAAAGCUCAAUUAGAAACAUUUAUAACUUCAGUUUAGACAUACUGUGAUAUAUUUUAGUGCCAGAGAAGUUUGUAAAUUUGUACCAUCCUGUUAAAGGUUAGUGUCAAGUGAUGAACAGAAAGUUUGUUGAGCUUGUAAUGAUAUGCAGCGAAAGGAAAUUGAAAAUGUUAAUGCUUAUUGUCUUGCACUGCAGCAGAUAUGUCCAGUUACAUGAGUUGGCCUGACAAGAUAAUGUUUAGUCAUGUGUUACAUGUGGGAUGGGUAAAGAUAACUGUUGGAAGGCUGGUGAUUUUAGAACAGGAAGUAAUAGUUCGUGGUCAUAAUAAAACUUGACAGAUGGCAAGUGUGUUUGUACAUUAAAUAGACAUACAGUUGAUAACUUUAUUAUUCCAGCAUGGCUUAAUAUUUGAGAUUUCAAAUUUGUAGAAGCACACUUUUACUUAUCAGAAAUAAUAUUCAUAAAAAAAAUCUUGAGUUUCCUCUAUCCAUGCAGCCGUUAGAGGACUUCCAACUGUCAUUUGAAAUAUAUUUUUAUUUCCAUAACUGAGUAGUUACUUUACAGGUUCUACUUUCAAAACUAGUUUACAUCUGUAUCAAAUUACUCUCUUUAGAUCAUAAAUACUCAUUACUGACACAAGUGAUAUAGUUUUUACAUGUUUCUUAAUAAAUUUUACAGCUUUCUGAGAAAUCUUUUAAUUUUUGGGGCAUUAAAAUUCCAUUGUUUAGGCCUCGACAGCUAUUUCUUUUGGAUUUUUUGUAGAUGUCAACUUUGGCAGAUAACAUGAACAGGAUUUUUAAAUUUGUUCAUUGGACUGGUGCAACCAGGAAACUUAGUCCCCCACAAAUAUCAAUGAUUUCACAGAAAAUUCAUUCCGUCCCUAAAAUGUAUGAUUAUACAUCCAGUUAUAGAAUUGUUUAUCUUGUGUUUAUGAAGAAUGUAUUUUAUAUAUUUAUGAAAGGCAUGUAUGUAUUUAAAUGAAAUGCUUAAAGUGUCUGAAAUUCAGAGGUUAUGUACUACUGUAUAUAAGAGCAUUCAAAUUAGCAAAGUGUAACCAUUUUUUGUUUGUUUGCAUGUUGAAGUAAACUCAGCAUGUGUGUCAUUUACGAAAUUUUAUUAAGUUAUUUAUAUUUCAUUUCAGUCUUGUAUAUAUACAUACAUUUUAUAAAAAACACAACAGAAUGUUCACUAUGUAUAUAGCCGCUCUAUUCAAUACAGUUGCCAGAGACUAUUCAGUGUGAUGAACCACCAAAGAAUCAUAUGCUACAUUAACACACUAGACUAUAUGAUGAAAAAUGCAAGGCUUGUCUAUCACAUAUUUCUUGAAGAAAAAGUUGUAUAGAUGUUACAGUAAUGUACAUGUUAUUUACCUGUAAGUAUAAGUUGAAGGCAGAACUUUACCAUUUAAGUGCUUUGUUAUUUCAGUCUAAGGUGGAAUAUUGCUGUUUCAGUAUAAGAUCGAACAUUACUAUAUUAGUUAAAAUUUAAGUAUAAGAUGGAACGUUAGUGUUUAAGUAUAAGAUUGAACAUUAGUGUUUAUAUAUAGUGUUUUAAGUAUAAAAUGGAAUAUUACUGUUUAAUUGUACCCCCCGGAACAACGAAGUUGUAAGUGGGGUAUACUGGUUUCAGGUUGUCUUUCUGUCUGUUUGUCCGUAGACACAAUCUUGUGUGCACCAUCUCUCCUCAUCCCCAUGACACAGUUUAAUGAAACUUCACACAAGUGAUCAGUAACAACAGUAGUUAUGCAUAGGGCAUGAUACUUUCUUUCAGGAAAAACAAUUGCAGAGUUAUGGGACUUCAAAUUUUGUUACUAUACUAUAUCAUUUAAUGCCUGCAUAUGCAAUCUUGUGCGCACCUAAUCUCCUGAACCCAUACACACAAUUUAAUGAAACUUCACAUAAGUGAUUGGUAGUAACCCUAGUUUUGCAUGGUGCAUGGUUCUUUCAGAAAAAAAUUCUGCACAGUUAUUGGACUUUGUUUUUUGUUAAUAUUUUUUUAACAUACUUUGUACACACAGUCUGCAUGUGCAAUCUUGUGCGUGCCUAAUCUUCAGAACCCUUGCACACAAUUUAAUGAAACUUCACACAAGUGAUCAGUACCAUCCCUAGUUGUGCAUGGUGCAUGUUACGUUCUGUUAAAUAAAUAUUCUUCAGAGUUAUGGGACUUUGUUUUUUGUUACUAUACUAUAUACAUACAGUCUAUAAACAUACAGUCCACAUUGUCAAAUUGCAAUGUACUGUGUCAGUGCAUGCGGGGGAUACAUUCAUCACCUUUAGUGAUAGCUCUAGUUAUAGGAUAGAACAAUGCUAUUUAAGUGUAAGGUGGAGCCUUCCUGUUUAAGUAUAAGAUAGAACCCAGUCUAAAUACAAUAUUUUCAAAGUUUGAAACAAGAAAAUAUAGUAGGUCAUAAUUAAAAAGAAUACAGUUUAAGAGUUAACUUAUAAAAAAGCUGUCUUGGAUGCUUUAUUCUGAAAUUUUAUCACACGGAGAGAUAUGCAUUUAGCAUGAAAUUUCAAAAUGUAGCAAAAAGAAGUAAACCCUGAGGUUCUUGUUGCCAGUAGUGUUUCAUUAUUCAGUGCUGUGAGGUAAUGUGUGUGAAGUCAUCUUAUUUAUACUUGUGUACUAUGGUCGUAUAAUUUGUAGAUAUUUUACAAGAAUAAAAAACUGAUAAAAUUGGA